AUGCACGUGAUAGACCCUGAGACCCUGAAAGGAUGUUGUCAAACGAGCAGACUGGAGAGGGCGCCGUUUGAGGACUGCUUCCGGUCUGCUACUGGUCGAAUCGUCAGGACGGCAAGGAUAGAGUCACAUGGCGCACCUAAUGCAGAUGCAACAGCCGCCUGCGGAGCGCUUCAAGCACAGUAUCCCAAGCAGGUCGCCGGCAGUGCGUUUGACCUGAAUCUUACGCUCGCCUUCGAUUACACCCAGACUCGGACCGAUUAUUGGUCUCUCGCAAACGCAGAUGUCAAGCCGGCAUGUAUAUUCUUUCCUGGAGCUGCAGACGAGAUAGCAUUUGCCGUCAAGACGCUGAACAACUAUCCAAACGCGCCAUGGGCAGUGAAGGGAGGAGGCCACAACGCAAAUAUCGGCUAUUCAAGCACCCAGGAUGGUGUACUGAUCGCAACGAAGGAGAAUAUGGCGUAUACCAAAUAUGAUCCAGACACUCAGCUUGCCCAUGUUGGACCAGGAAACCGAUGGAUCGAUGUUGCCAAUGCCCUCGACCCGUACAAUAGAGCCGUGGUGUCGGGACGACUAGGUGUAGUCGGAGCUGCAGGCUUGACGCUUGGAGGUGGUCUUUCAUUUCUCAGUACAGAAUAUGGCAUGACAGCAGACAAUGUCGUCGAAUACAAAGUCGUCACCGCAGCAGGCGAAAUGACCACAGCCUCCCAAACCCAAAACACCGACCUCUUCUACGCCCUCAAAGGCGGCGGAAACCAAUUCGCCAUCGUAACAGAAUACAUCAUGAAAACCUAUCCAAUCGGCCAAGUCUGGGGCGGCCACAAAAUUUACACAAUAGACAAAAAAUCCGCCCUCCUAAACGCCACCCACAACCUCGUUUCCAACUACUCCGACCCCAAAGCCGCCAUAAUUAUGAGCUUCUCCUCCACAAUCGACACUUUAGUCGACAUCUUCGUAGUAUUCUACUUCUACAACGGUCCCGAAAUGGGUUCCAUCCUAGCCGAAUUCGACGCAAUCCCAGCCUUAAUCGACGCCACAAAACCCAACAGAAAAUACAAAGACCUCAUAGACUCCAACUCGGCAUUCUCAGUCGACGGAUUGCGUUUCUUGAUCCGAACCGGAACCCUUCCUAACCUCCCCGGUGACCAAGGCAUAGAUCUCUACAACAACUGUUUCGACACCUGGUACUCGCUGGGGAAAAAAUCCCAAUUGGGAGAACUGGACAACUACGUCUUUUCCCUAGCUUUCCAACCCGUGCCCCAUCAACUCGCUCAAGCUUCGAUUUCAAGCCCCUACUCCGUCAACUUGUUGGGCCUUGAUCCGAAAUUGGGAGAUAAAGUUUUCAUGGAAUACAAUGUCGCCUGGCUUUCUUCUGGCACGGAUGAGAAGGCUGCGGCGGCCAUUACCGCGCAGACACAGCCGGUACAGGAUUAUCGAAAAGAGAAAUAUGCAGGUGUCAAGCCGACGAAUUAUCAGAGUGGGGACUUGGAAUUUGCCGCGAGUCGACCGCUUUUCAUGAAUGAUGCCAUGUUUAAUCAGGAUCCGCUCAAGAGUUACCCGGAUGAUGUUUAUGCGAGACUGAAGCAGAUUCAGAGUCAGAGGGAUCCGGAUGGAUUUUUUGCGAAGAGGACGGGUGGGUUUAAGUUUGAGUGAGAGUGAUACGGUAUGUACAUACAGAGGUGUGGGAUGUGAGCGAAUGCUUGUGGUACAGUGAACGGUUCUGCUUCCCUUGACUCAUCUCAAUCUAUUGGAUCUGGGAUGCAGGCAGUGAUUAUGGUACAACGAGUGACUCCAUCUCCG